AUGGCAGACGGCGAGUCGCUUCACCUGACGCGUGUCGGCAGCGUGCGCCUCGAGGUUAUUGCGCGCGGCGCUAAAGCGGUAGUGACGCUCACGGAUGUGUACUUGGUGCCGCGACUGGCAAAGAACAUAGUGUCGUACGGCAAGCUCGCCAACAAAGGAUUUGCCCUAGUUCACUCCGGCGAAAGGCGCUCGCUCGCUCGGUACAGAGAUGGUGCGGUCGUGUUCGAUGUCACAAUCGACAGCAACGUGCUGUAUGUCGUGAAGAAGGCCACGCGCGACAAGGAAGGUGCAGGCGGAGACGCGAUCAUGGCGGCGCUCGAAGCGAAUGCAACGGAAAUCAAUGCCGACGAGCCGCACGAAGCCUCGCUGUUGCACUGGCACCAGCGACUCGGCCACCUUGCGUUCAAAACGAUCGAACGCAUGGCGCGCGAUCCGGUAUCGGGCAUUCGGCUCAGCAACAACAAACGUAUGGCGUGCGUGUCGUGCCUCGAGGGCAAGUAG